AUGCUGGGAAGCGCUCGAAGAUCGCUGCUUGCCGGUGUCGCCGUCUUCAACCUUGUGGCCCCCUUGAAUGCAUACUCCAGCAGCUUCGUGCAGAUUUCGGGCGGCUUCUCGAGGUUUCUUCUCUCAAGACGAGAUGCUCUGCGCGCUUGUCGACAAGUUUCGCCAUGCGUGAAUAUAUGGCGAGCAUGCGCUGUCUCUGCAUGUGAUGAUGGGGCUGGAGGAGAUGAAAGGAGCAGCAAGGCUCUCGCUGGAAGUGUUUAUGCCAUUACAGGGAAUUUCAGGCAAAGACGGGAGGAAACGAUCAAGCAGAUGGAAACUCUCGGGUGCCAGUUGAGCCCGACGGUUCACAAGCGAGUAGAGUUUGUACUGUGCGAUGACGACGCCUUGACUUCAGAGACAAAACAUGUCAGGAAAGCAGCCAAGUACAAGAUCCCUCUCGUCUCAAUCCAGUAUGUGGAGGAGUGUGUUCAAUUGGGGAAGAAGCUUCGCCCAGAGGAUUUCGACAAGACAAGGAGGAUUUCUGGUCUGCAACUAGAACAGGAAUGA